AUGAUUCAAAAACAAAUGAUCCUAUUGGUGGCUGUACUUCUGCACUACGGUACGGAAGUGGCUGGAGACUGUGUGGCAGACACCAGUGAAGGUACUCGAACUUUACAGAAUGAAGAGACCGCGUGCCAUUCGUUAGCUGCCGGGGAGACUGAAGGAGACACAGGCAGACGAUAUGUGACGUGCAGCAAUGGAAUUGUCUAUAUACAGCCGUGUGGUUCUUCGCUCAGGUACGAUAUCGUGUCUAAAACGUGCACCUGGCCUGAAGCGGCUACAUGUUCCCUUGCUGGAGGGGCCACAACAUCAGAUACUACACAGAAAGUACCAGCAUCAUCACAAUCAACAGCAACAAACACGCCAGCGACUUCUUCAAAUGCAACCAGGAAAUCCAGCACACAGUUGUACACAACGUUGACAACCAGGGAAUACAGCACAGAACAACCUGGACCCUGCAAUCUGGACACUUGUAAACCUCCCGAUUGUUUUUGUUUCGGAGAACGCCCCAGCAUACCUCUGGCGGAUACGCCCAUGUUUAUUAUGCUGACGUUCGACGAUGCCGUCACAUCAACUGUUUACAAUGGCUAUUUCAAGUCUCUACUGGUCGAUAACAAAUUCCAGCUGUGGAACCCCAGCGGAUGUCCUAUACGAGCGGCGUUCUACAUCAAUCAUGAGUAUACAGACUACAAUUACGUCAAAGCUUUGGCCAGUAAUGGACACGAGAUAGCCUCUCAUACAGUCAGCCACAGACUACCUCCGGGAGAUUCCAGCGCUGAUUAUCCACAAACUGUUGCCGAGAUUGACGGUAUGAGGGAGAAAGUUUUCCAAGGGACAGGCGACAAAGCGAUCAGUGACUUGAUGAGUGGCUUCCGGGCACCAUACCUCUUGGUUACCCAUAACGUCAUGUUUGAUGCCCUGCGUGACAGUCGUUUUCUCUACGACACCUCCAUCACAAACGUUGAGAUCUAUUCCGGCAGGCCGCCUUUAUAUCCUUUCACUCUGGACUACGUCAUGCCCAGGUGCCCCAACGUUCCCUGUCCGACAAAACCUUAUCCUGGACUUUGGGAGGUCCCGAUCAAUGGCCUCAUGGGCAGCAAUAACUACAGCUGUAGUAUGAUUGAUACAUGCAGUGUCGGCUCCAACGUAUUCACAGCCAACGAGGAGGAGUGGACCUCAUUUUAUGAAACAAACUUCAACUAUUUCUACGGACCGAAAGUUCCUAUGCAACUGUUCACUCAUGGCUCUAUGUUCAUACGGUCACCGCCUUCGUUUGAUGCCCUCGUCAAAUGGUUCCAACACCUGCAGGCCACUCACAAGGACGUGUGGAUAGUGACGCCCAAGAUGGUCAUCGAAUGGAUGAAGAAACCCAUCAGCUAUUCAGAGAUGAUUGCCCAAAAAUGGGGCUGUAAUUAA